AUGUUGCCGCGGAUAGUCCUAUUGCUCAUGUUAGCCGGGGAUGUCCUGGCGCAGAGCUCCAGCUUCAGGAGUAUCCUCAUCAAGGUUCGUCUUUUUUCGUUUUCGUUUUCAAAGAAAAUGGUUUCUCGAUUUUUACUCGCUUCUUUGCAAAAAUAUUCUCGUCUUCAUGCCGUGUUUCAAAACUAUAAAUCUGCUUAUUCAAGUUUUUUUCAAGUUUAGAAAAAAAUAAAUUUAAAAUGAUACUAGUCUAAUUAAGUAGCUAUAAAAAUAUUUUUUCUUUUUCAAAAUCUACAAUUCUUUGUGGGUUUUAAAAAAACAUUCUGAUACUCUGAAAAAAAUUCUUAGGAAAUACUAACUUUUUGGAUUUUUACCUGCUUAGAAAUUAACCUUCGGGUAUUUCUUCAUACUUGAAAAAAGGCUUUUUUUCGUGCUUGGCUUAUAUUUGAAAGUUCUUAAAAUCAUUAUUGACAAAAAUGGUCCAAUCUAUGUUUUUUUUCAAAAUAUUUCAAAGUCCUCUUUUUUUCAAUGCAUUAUCAACCAUUUUCACUCAUUCAUAUUGGCUCCAAAGCUAGAAAAAGUUUUAUCUUAGUGUUUAAAAGAUUUGAGAUCUCAAUGAACAAUGUCUGACAUGUGAGAUUAUUGAAAAUUUUUUUCAAGCUUCGUAUAACCCAUACGUUUUUGCGAUUUUUCUCCCACCUUUUCUUGAAUUAUCUUUGAACUCGUCUCAGUUUAUUUUUGUCAUCUUUUUUGCACCCAUACAAGUAUUCCUGUCAAAUUUUCCACCCAAUCAAGGUCGAAAAAAAGAAAGAAUGUCGUUUUUGACCUUUCGAUCUGAUGAGAAACUGUUUAUGGAAUCGAAAACAACCGAAAAUGUCGUCUCACUUUCUUUUUUUUUGUUUUUGUAAGCGAAUUAGCGUGUUAAGCAGUGUUUACAGUAAUGAUUACGUCAGAAAAUUAAGGCCGAAAGGAAAAACAAAUUAGAUCCGAGGGAAGAAACGAUUUUUUCGGAAAGGUUUUUGGUCAGCUUUUUCUUCAGUUUGUAGGAAAAAGAUACGUUCCUAUUUUUUACAAAGAAAUCUUCUUUGGAUUUCCACGUUUUGGAAAAAGAGAAUAAAAGAACUGUAAAGAGAUGAUCUCACUUGGAACUUCGAAAAUUUUUGAAAAAAGGUGUGGAGUGCUUUUUUGAUUCAAGGAAUGGAGAUUCUAAAAAGCUGAACUUAUUUUUUUUUCUAGUCAAAGUUUUCAAUUGUACCUAAUUGUAUAGAAAAAAAUCAGUCGCGGAACAAAAUAAUAAUUUGUUUUUCUUGAAUGAAUGAAUGUUUAUUUCGCUCACAGACAGAUCUGUGGCGAAGAGAACCAUGAAAGUUAUAUUUGCCUCCACUUCGAUAAAGUUCCACUUUAUUCUAAAAAAAUAUUUUAGGUCGAAAUCGAAGAGAAUCAAAAAGAAAAAGUAAUCUAUAAACGAGUUGAAUCAUUUUUGUGAAAUUUGCAGCUUCCUUAUCAAAAAAACCAAUUUUUUUCAAACAACUUUUAAAUCUUCUUUGGUCAUCCUCAAAAACCAUAACUCUGUUUAAGCCGUUCCAGUAUUUAUACACGCGUUGCGUAAUAAAGUUAUAGUGAACAUGAUGGAUUGGUGGUGGUUCGAGUUUAAGGCCGUUGCCUCUCAGUUGGUUCCGUCUAUUUGAUAUCGUUUGUAAUUUGAAUGGAGAUGGACACCAAUAAUAGCCAUAUAUGAACUGAUGUGUAAUUAUGAUAUCUUUUUCGCAGACGCCUUGUCCAUAGAGUGUCUAGAGAAAGGGAUUUUUAGUCUUAUUCUUCAAUAUUUUUUUCCUGAUAAAAUAAUUUUUAAAAAAAAUAGUUUUCACUUGUACUUUCGGUCAUUUUUUUGUAAUGACAUCGAGUAGAAUGACUAAAAAUGAAUUUUUAGAUUUAUUAGAUGACUAAUCAAUCAUCUGUUGAGUUCUAAAGACACUAAGAAGCUUGCAGAGAGCGUGUCGGAAACGGCCGGAGCUCGACUUUUGCAACGAGUCGCCGGAAGAAGAGCCUCAGCCGGUCCGGCCGGCGGUCCUCGAAGCCUUGCCCUUCCCGGCGAUCGCCAAAGCGACUUCCACGGAAUCGCCGACGUCUCCGCCGCCUAUCGACCUGAUCAAGCCUCCAGACAACAUCGAUAUCAGUGAUUAUUCAAUUCAACUAUUCUUAUUUUUUAUUUCAUUUGUAGAUCUUUUGCGUAUACGGUUUUAUUCGUAUUAUUUUUGACUUUUCACUCAAUUUUAUAGAAUUCAAGAUAACGUUAAAAACGAGAUUUGAAAAAAUUUUUCAAAAAGUUUUACCGAAAUCUUUCUUUGUUUUCUAAACGACAUCUUCAAUUUCCAGAAACUCCUGCAAUGGCCACCUUAAAACCGGCAGCCGACAAGGAAAAUGUGACCGCCGAAGAAAAAAUUGUGGUGAAGUCAGAAAAGACUGAAAUAAAAGCUUCGAGUGGAGAAAAAGAAACUUUGGGAAGUCUGGUCCGACUUCCGAAGCCGGCGGUAGUCACGGCGGAAGAGGUUGAGAAAAGUUCGGAAUUUCAAGCUUCUUUUGACUUCAGGUGAAGAUAGAAAAGAUCCUGGCUCAGAAGAUGGACGGCGAAAAGGCGGAAAAAGAAGUCGUCGAGGAGACCAACACGACUUCCACCGUUCAUCUGGAAGAUGCGGUGAGAAAAUCGAGGGAAAUUAUGGGAUUUUAUGAAAAAGGAGCUCGCGUUUCUGUUAUAGGUAGAUAGGGAAGCUUAAGAGGGGGAAAAUGUUGCUAAAAAAGUUCAUUCACCUCAUCUUUUGAGUUUUUAGACAUCAGUUCCAGUAAGCUACGACAUUGGAAUCAUACAGAAACAGCCUAAAUUGAAGUAACUUCUGAGUUUCGGAGAGUAUUUUUCGAAAAUAUUCACUGAAUGCGUCUUCAAUUUUAAAAACUCAUGGUUGCAAGCCGGAGGGCUCGUUUCUUAGUUGAUUUGUAGACGCGCCAGACUUAAAACUACUUUCGCGCGACGGCAUAGAAAAUCUAGAAGCUUCAAAAAAGUAAAUAUGACCGCUUUCUCUCACAUUUUUCCAUUUCUAGUUUUACAUCUUCAAAAAUUUUUACAGAGGUAAAAGCUUCACAACGACUUUCUCAAAUGAAGAGAAAAUUUUUAUUAUUUUUUUCCCCCAUAACAAAAGCUUUUUCCAAUACUUUUUGAUGAUUUUUCCAGAAAGGAGUCCUCGUUUUCGUGAGCGAAUACUGUGUGAUCGAGCGUGAGAAUUUCGUCAAAAAUUGCAGCGGCGAAAUCGAAAAAUCCGAGGUUUUGAUCACUUGAGGGACUUCUUGUGAUUCCUGAUUCUUUCAGAUCGCCUUCUGCAAAACGUAUCCGUCGGCCUGCGUCUCAACGGCUGGCGUCCUGCCAAUUAUGUCCUACUGUCAGAGGUUCGUUUUCUUCUAGCUCACGUUCACUGUUUCGAGGAAAAGUCAUACCGAAUAUUUUGUUUGAAUAUGUUAUUGAUUGGUUUUUUCUUUCACUGAACAUUUUUUCGUUUCAAGUUUUUGUUUUUUUUUAUCUGUAGAAGGUUAUAUGAUGUGGCUUUAAAAGUCUUUAAAAAAAAUUACUUGAAAAAUCAUGUUCGGACUCAACGCAAACCGCUUGCCCGACCUGAAACUACUUACGCGUGAGGACAUCAGGAAGCAUUAGAGAUUUCCGUUAAAUUUCUAAGAUUUUUUUGAACAGAAUCGCGACGCUUGAACCAUUCCAAACGCGAUCCUGGUUUUAAAGGUUUAGGCGAAUGAAGUCUAGAAAAUUUGCGUUUUUUUUUCUGCGUUACUCUCACUUUGACUAAUGUCUCUAGGCGCAAGGCACUUUAGGUCGGGUGCAGAUUUUGAUUCUUUCCAGGUACUACAAGCAGUACCCGAAACUUUGCACCAAGCAGCUUGUCGGCCACGACGCCUUGCAGUUCUGCUAUGCCUUCGAACAUUUCUGCCUUCCUGAACUUCACGCCGCCUCACAGGUUUGGAGGCGGAGCUUAUUUUGCAACUAUCGCAAAGUUCGAAUUUUGAAGCCGACAAGAGCGACGGUGGCGCCAAAAUCUACGCUGAGAAAGUGCGAAGACGUCCUUCCCGAGGCCAGACAGGUACUGAUUGAAAUAGAGAGAUAUUGAAAUUGUUUCAGAAUUCAAUUUUCGAUAAUUUGUCUUUUCUCCGUAAAAACUUGAUGAUAUGGUUUUUGAUAUCUUAUUAAUAAUUGAAGGAUUUCUUUAGAAAAAUAUCAAAAUUUUGGAAAAAAAUGACAAUUUUCGUGCUUUGAUUUAAAAUCGGAGCUGUUUCAAUAAGGCUUUUUUUCGCUCCAACGAAAAUUAUACACAAAAAAAGAAAAAAAGGUUAAGUUUCUAAAUUAAUUAGAAAAAAAAUAAGCAUAGGAUUCGCUAAAAAAAUUUUUCCAAUACAGUUCUCUUGAAUCCUAAAAAUACAUCCAAUUAAAAUUCCUCAUCAUUAAAUUCCAAAUUUUCGAGAAUAACUUGGUAUUGCUCAGGUUUGCAACCCAUUCCCCAACCCCCGCGACACGUUCAACGUCCUCCGUUGCACCCAAUUUUUCACCAAUUGCAAAAGAUUCAUCGACUGGGCCUGA